AGCCUCCGGUGCCCCGCUCUUAGGGACCCGUCCCUACCGCCCGGGCACCCCCACGCCUCUCGGCUCCGGACUUGCGCUGUGGGAGGCGCCGAGAGAGGCGCUGAGUCGAGUGCGACCCCCAAAGCAGCGUCCAGCGCGAAAGCUUACAGCAUUAGGCUGAAUGUCGUGGUGCACAACUGAAUGGGAGUGAAAUGUCGAGCUGUAUUACAAUGGAUUCUUACUGGAAAAAGUACUAAUUAGGAUGAAUGGGAUUUGGAGAAAUUCGAUUUCCUGUCUAAGGAUAAGAAAUGUGCCACACAGAUACCAAAGUGGUUAUCACCCAGCAGUCCCUCUGGGAUCGAGGAUUCUAACUGACCCAGCCAAAGUUUUUGAGCACAACAUGUGUACCACCCAGGGACCGAAGAGCAAGAGUGCCGUGUUGAAGCGACCACUACCGUUCAGAUUCCUCUUAUUCCUGCAGCUGCCUCUGCUGGGGAUGGGGCUGACCCCCACAGUCCUCACACCCAGUGGGAAUAAAGCUCGUUUACUCCUGACAUCUACACCCGCUGGAGCCCUCCGUGUUUCCACCCUGCCCCUCCCAGAGGUUCAGUGUUUUGUAUUCAAUCUCGAGUACAUGAAUUGCACUUGGGACAGCGGCUCUGAGCCUCGGCCCACCAACCUGACUCUGCACUAUUGGUACGGGAACUCUGGUCAUGACAAAGUCCAGGAGUGUGGCCACUAUCUAUACUCUUCAGAGAUCACUUCUGGCUGCUGGUUGGGAAAAGAGGAGAUCCAUCUCUACCAAACAUUUGUUGUCCAGCUCCAGGACCCACAGGAACUUGGGCGGAAGGCCAAAAAGAGGCUAAAACUGGAGGAUCUGGUGAUUCCCUGGGCUCCAGAGAACCUAACACUUCACAACCUGAGUGAAUCCCAGCUAGAACUGAGGUGGAGCAACAGAUACUCUGUGGGCCGCUGUUUGGAGCACCUGGUGCAGUACCGGAGUGACCAGGACCGCAGCUGGAUUGAGCAGUCAGUGGGCCACAGAUGUAGCUUCUCUUUGCCUAGUGUGGAUGGGCAGAAGCUCUACACGUUCCGUGUUCGGAGUCGCUAUAACCCACUCUGUGGAAAUGCUCAGCAUUGGAGUGAAUGGAGCCACCCGAUCCACUGGGGCAGCCAUACUUCAAAGAAGCCCAUAGUGCCCCCAUCGCUGUUUGCACUGGAAGCCGUGCUCAUCCCCCUUGGCUCUGUGGGACUGAUUGUUAGUCUCAUCUUUGUGUACUGCUGGCUAGAAAGGACCGUACCCCGAGUUCCUACCCUCAAGAGCCUGGAGGAUCUGGUUAUCAAAUACCAUGGGAACUUUUCGGCCUGGAGUGGUGUGUCUAAGGAACUGGUGGAGAGCCUGCAGCCAGACUACAGUGAAAGGCUCUGCCACAUCAGUGAGAUUCCCCCAAAAGGAGAUGCUCUAGAGGAGGGGCCUGGGGGCUCCCCCUGCAGCCAGCAUAGCUCCUCCUGGACUCCCCCAUGUUAUACCCUAUAACCUGAAACCUGAGCCCUGAUACCCUGACAGAACCCCAGGGUCCUGUAGCCCUAAAUUGUACUACCCCUUCUCCAACCAGCCUGGGCCCAAUGCUCCCCUCACCCCAACUGUGGCUGAUUUUGAAUUGUGUGCCCCCUAUUACUGCUCCCUCAUUCAGUAUCUCCUCCUUAAGAAUUGCCCCUUUGUCCUGUACAUGUUUGUCAUCUCCCUCAAUCCAACCUUUCCUCUUCCUAGAAUUCUUUCUCCCUCCCUCCCUCCCAACUUCUUUCCAUCUACCCUUCCGUUGUUCCCGAAUCAAUGAGAAAUAGUUUCUGUUGAUAAAAAUAAAUAAAUAAAUAAAUAAAUUUCUUUUUCACUUUUUUAAAAUGUGGCUACUAGAAAAUUAUAAAUUACAUUUGUGGCUAAUGUUCUACUCUUGGACAGUUGCUGAAUUAAAACCAUUUGAGCACCAUCACCAA